AUGGCAUCUCAACAUGAAAAAGAUGAGGAAGAGUACAAUUCAUCUUCAGACGAGGAUUACGAUCCAUCGAAGGACACCGAACACAAUCAACAGGAUGAAAUCGAUGAUGCUGAAGACGGAGAAGAAGUUGCUGAUGAAGACGUCGAAUAUUUACAAAAAGAUUCGAAAUCACAGAAAAAAGAGGAGAAUUCUGAAGAAAGUUCUACCACUAAUGGCGAUGAUGUAGAUGUUGAUGCCAUUUUUGCUGCUCUCACAGGGCAAGCUCCACCGGUAUCUACUGCUUCAAGUUCAUCGAGUAGCAAUUCUAAAACUGAGAUCAAAGUGCCUCAUGCGACUGAACCAUCUUCAUCCUCAUCUUCUGAAGUGAAAGAAUCACCAAAAGUUUAUCCAAGAACAACAGAAAUAUCAGAAAAAGGAGAUGUAGGAACAAGUUCUGCUGGAAAGAAACGAGUCGGAUUACUAGAUGCCGCAAAAGCAUUGACAAAACGAUCAAAAAUGUCUGUACUCGAAAAAUCAGAUCAAGAUUGGAAAGAUUUCACAAGGCAGAAUAACUUGAAGGAAGAUUUGGAAUCUCACAAUCGCGGGAAGGGAGGUUACCUGAAUAAAAUGGAGUUCUUGAAUCGAACCGACAAUCGUCAAUUCGAAAAAGAACGGGCCUUCCGGGCAUCAGCCAGGAAGGAUACUAACUAA